AUGGUCGACAAGCUCUCCGUGCAAGAGGAAUCGAUCCCGGAUGCCCUCAGUCGCUGGAGGGAGCUCGUUCCCUUUCGCCGGUCACCUCCAGCAAACCGGCGAUUGCCGUCGAUUAGGACCACCUCCGGCCACGCCGUCAAGCCCUACAGCCUCCUGAUUGAUUCGACGUUGUCCACAGCCGUGCGUCGUCCGCUGGCCGGAGGACGCGGGAUCUGGUCCGCCAACACGACCUGGUCCGCUCGUCGACUCGAUUUGGACUGUCAUGGCCAACCAUCGAGCUCGCCCUUUAUCCCUGUCUUCAACCGUACGCAGCGGCUCCCUCUUCCCCAGUCCCGGCCGAGGCGGUCCAGGAGGGACGACGCCGCCCGUAUUUCGCGUCGCGCUGCCGUCGUGCCGCCCGGCCACACCAAAUCGUCGAGCGCCGCCAGCUCUGCUGCUGCCCGCUCGCCGCCCAUCUCCGACCGCGGCCCCGCGCUGUCCGGAUGCGGCCGUGCCGCCCAUCCGACCGCGCGCUGCUGCUCCUCUCCCCCGCCGGAGGCCUGCUCGCCCGACCACGCUCGACCGCGCCGCCGCCGCCCCGGCCUCCUCCGCCUUCUCGCGCCGCCUCCGGAUGCCGGCGCGCCCGGCUCGCGGGAUGCGUCUGCGGUGCCGUGGCGGGGCGGUGCUCUGGAGAAGGUCGUGCUGCAGCCCAUCCGGGAGAUCUCCGGCGCCGUGCAGCUGCCCGGCUCCAAGUCGCUCUCCAACCGGAUCCUUCUCCUCUCCGCCUUGUUCGAGGGAACAACGGUUGUGGAUAACCUGUUGAACAGCGAGGAUGUCCACUACAUGCUCGAGGCCCUGGACGCGCUUGGGCUCUCAGUGGAAGCAGACAAAGUUGCAAAAAGAGCUGUAGUCGUCGGCUGCGGCGGCAGGUUCCCGAUUGAAAAGGAUGCCAAGGAGGAAGUAAAGCUCUUCUUGGGCAACGCUGGAACUGCAAUGCGGCCAUUGACGGCAGCUGUAGUAGCUGCUGGUGGAAAUGCGACGUAUGUUUCAGUUAUGUUCUUGAUGGAGUACCAAGAAUGAUGGAGCGUCCUAUCGGUGACUUAGGUGUCGGUUUGAAACAACUAGGUGCGAGUGUUGAUUGUUUCCUCGGCACUGACUGCCCACCUGUUCGUAUCAACAGCAUUGGAGGG